AUGGCCAAGAGGAAGCGCCAAGCGGUGGCCGAGAGCGAGCCUGCCCAGAAGCCACAGCAGACCAAGAAGAUAAAGUCCAGCAAUGGCUCCUCGGAAGCAAAGAGCCAACCGCCAAAGAAGACCAAAACACCAAAGCCCGCCAAACCCACAGACACCAGCACCGACAAGUCAGCAUCCAAACGCAUGAGGUCGCCGGUAACGAUACAGAUCAUAGCAGGCUCCUACGACCGCGUGCUCCACGGCUGCACGGCCACCGUCCAGCCCUCGUCCCAGGCGAGCUUCGCCGACUCCUUCCUCUUCAACGCCCACACCUCGGCCAUCCGAUGCCUCGCCCUCUCCCCGCCGAGCGCCCCCGUCCCGGGCCAGUCGCAGAAGGUCAUGCUCGCCACCGGCAGCACUGACGAGCGCAUCAACGUCUACAACCUGUCCGCCCACCCCCCGUCCACCAAGGCCUCGCCGGACCAGGAGCUGCUCUCCACCAUCGCCCGCCGGCCCAUCCUCGAGAACUCAAAGAACAGGGAGCUGGGCACCCUCAUGCACCACUCCAGCACCGUCACCCGCCUCUCCUUCCCCACCCGCUCCAAGCUGCUCUCCAGCUCCGAGGACUCCACCAUCGCCGUCACCAGGGUCCGCGACUGGAGCCUGCUGUCCACCAUCAAGGCCCCCGUCCCCGCCGUCUCCGGCCGGCCCAGCGGCGACACCGCCCCCAUGGGCGGCACCCCGAGCGGCGUCAACGACUUCGCCGUCCACCCCAGCAUGAAGGUCAUGAUCAGCGUCAGCAAGGGCGAGCGCUGCAUGCGCCUGUGGAACCUCGUCACCGGCAAGAAGGCCGGCGUCCUCGACUUCGGCAGGGCCGUGCUGCAGGAGAUCGGGGAGGGCCGCCACUCCACCGGCGAGGGGAGGAGGGUCGUCUGGGGCACCAGCGCGGACUCGGGCGACGAGUUCGCCGUCGGCUUCGACCGCGACGUGCUGGUCUUUGGCAUGGACAGCAAGGUCAGGUGCAGGGUCAUGCCCGACGCCAGGACCAAGAUCCACGAGUUCCACUACGUCAGGCUGGGCGGCGACUCGGAGGACACGGUCUUUGCCGUGUCGACCGAGGACGGCAGGCUGCUGUUCUUCUCGACCAGGGUCGAGGACCUGGAACAGCCAGGGGCCGCCGAGGGCAAGGCCGCGCCCCUGCCGCGGGCGAGGCUGCUCGCAGAGGUCGGGGGCAAGGCUGCUGGCGUCACGGGCAGGGUCAAGGACUUCAAGAUCAUGCGGUCGGAUGACGCCCCGGGCGUGUGGUUCGUCGUGGCUGCCAGCAGCGACGGGAAGCUCAGGCUGUGGGAGCUGUCGCAGGACGAGCUGAAGCCGCGGGGUGGCAAAGGGGCACCGCAGGCUGGCAAGCUACUCGGGACCCACGAUACCCAGAACAGGAUCACGUGCGUGGAGGCAUUUGUCAUGAUACCCCGGCCGGAAGGCGUUGAGGAGAGCGAGGAUGAGCUCCAGGAGGAGGAGGAGGAAGAUGACGCAGAUAGCGAUGAUGAAUAA